AUGUCAGCAGAUACAGUUGCCCCGGUAGAAACGACGAAAGCGAUUUUCCGAAAACUGCGAAGUCUUCCGGAAAACAAAGUCUGUUUCGACUGUUGCACGAAGAAUCCGUCCUGGUGCACGAUUCCUUACGGCGCGUAUGUUUGCCUUGAGUGUUCCGGAGUUCACAGGAGUCUGGGAACUCAUUUGACUUUUAUCAGAAGCUCAGAUUUGGACGGAGCAUGGACUUGGAAGCAGCUUCGAUGCAUGCAAGUCGGUGGAAACGCGAAAGCACGCGCCUUCUUCCGAGCAAAUGGCGGAGAAACUUCGGACAAGAAUAAGAAAUAUUCGUCCCGAGCGGCGACGCUAUACAAAGCGAAGAUCGAAAAAUUGGCGCUCGAAGCAGUGAGAAAAUACGCCGGAGAAACACACAUUGGAGCCGUCGCUUCUGCUGAUGAUAGUGCCCCAGCGAAGAAUCGACAUGACGAUUUCUUCAGUAAAUUCGACAACGCAGACUUGAAGCAAGAAGCUCCCGUCCCCGCCCAAGUGAAACAAGAAGCGAUUAUCGUCACUCCAGUUGAACCAGAAAAGACCCUUGCCGAAGUUUCAAACGGAAUGGACAAGUUGUCCGUCAACCUCGAGACGAAACCAGCCAAACCCGUCAAAGUUGCAAAGCUGGGAGCGAAGAAAACAGGAAAGAAGAGCGCUUUUGGAGGAGCCAAAAAGGUCGACAAAACUGCCUUCAAAGCUGCUUCUUCCGCGGCUGAACGCGUCGAGAAAGAAGAAAAGGUUGUGCAGAAGAUGGAUUCAGGAGAAGCAACUCUUUCGACAGAAGCUGCUGCGCGACUCACUUACAAACAGAUCGAGCGAGAUCAAAAGAAAGCUUCGGCGAAUCUAUCCGGCAAGAAAGCGGAGUCAGCUGCUCGUCUUGGAAUGGGCUUUGGCGGAAUGAGGACUGUUACUCAUGACACGGAUUUCCAAGAAAUCCGGCAAGUCGAAGCUUCCACUACUUUCAAAGAGCCGUCUAUUCUUGACGAAGAGUCGAUGGGCUCUUUCUCUCGACGUAAGGAAGAAAAUGACGAUCUGGCUGACCUUUACGCCGCUCGAAAGAACAAUGUCUCCAGUUUUACCGAAGAGAAGAGCUCUUCUUCUCGGGGAAUGAUGUCGCGGGACAGCAACUCUUCCAGCACGACGAAAAUCGCCCCGACUUCGGCCUCCUUCGACAGCAACAAGUACCAAGGAGCGAAGGCGAUCUCCUCGGCCGAUCUCUUCGGGGAUGAGCCUCAUUCCUCCGAUAGCACUCCUCAGUCGAGAUUGAGCCAGUUCUCGGGCGCCAGUGGGGUCGGAUCUUCCGACAUCUUUGGCAAUGGAAACAGCUCCUCUUCCUCCUAUUCUGGAUACAACAUCAGGGACCAAGCUUCGAACAUCGCCGACAACGCUGCGUCAAUGGCUGGCAGUGCCCUGAGUGCGGGCUGGAACGCCUUCAACAAACUCAAAGACAACUACUCGUAG